GGCUUGAUGCUUCCACAGCCUAUGCUCAUAGGAGGAGGACACCCUACUCAUUGAAGAGGCCUCCUACAUAGGGACUUAAAGGACCAGUUAUGGGGGUAGAAAUUCAUUCCAAGAAGAUCCAAAGUCACGAAAAGACCGGAAGCUAAGGAAGGAGCUGAAGAACCUAAGGUGAAUCUGGCUACUUGGGGCGUGUCACUGAGAGCCCACAAAUAUCAGUACUGGUGGCCCUAGUGGCCCAAACAGACUCUCAUCUGGGAUCUCAGGGCCUUGACUGCAAAUCUACAAGAAGAUGAGUUCCGUGGAGCCUGAGAAUAUGACCCAGGAGCCCACAGCUGCCGAAUCUAAGGAUGAUGGCAUGACCUGGUGGUACCGAUGGCUGUGUAGGCUCGCUGGCAUCUUGGGCGGCUUCUCUUGCGCAGUGGCUGGACUUUGGAGCUGUGUCACAAUAAACCCACUAAAUAUCGCGGCGGGGGUGCUGAUGAUGCUGAAUGCGUUCGUCCUGGUUCUCUGCGAGGCUCCAUUUUGCUGCCAGUUUGUUGAGUUUGCAAACACGGUUUCUGAAAAGGCCGACAGGCUGAAAUCCUGGCAGAAAGCGGCAUUUUAUUGUGGGAUGGCGCUGCUUCCCAUCUUUAUCAGCUUCACGUUUACCACCUUGUUCGGCAAUGCUAUUGCGUUCGCAUCGGGAGUGCUGUACGGCCUGUCCGCCCUGGGCAAGAAGGGGGACGCAAUCUCAUACGCUAAACUUCAGAAACAGCAGCCUGACGAGGAGAAACUGACGGCCACAUAAUGGAGCGGGACCCGACCGCUCCCAAGGACCCGAGCUUAGACGAGAAAUACUUUUUUUUAGGUUUAACAAAUUUUCCUUAUUUAUGGAUCUUUGCUGUGAUAUUCUGAAGAAUCCUGUACUGUGUGUGUGUGACGACUCUGGCCACAGCAGAAGGCUCCCAUGGAACACUUUGGAAUCUGGUUCCAGCAAGGGCUGUGUGCGUCGGUGGCUGUCUCUGGAUUGUGACCGUUGCUUUCCAUUUCCGUCGGACAAGAAACACUAUUUCCAACUGGCCGUCCCUGACUUGUAGCUGUAGCCUCUUGUGGGUGGUCAGAGUUCCAGCUAGAUGCAGGGAGUGCGGUUUUUAUUGUAGCACUAAUCUCUGUGUUCAUGCUGUGAGGCUGAAAUACUUAUACAGACAAAGUCAGCUUUGCCUUCUGUUGGUUCCACUAGAUCUGACCAUACUUUGGACUCAACACUAAAAGCCCGUACAAAGGAAUGACGUGCUCCCAGUCAAUGAUUGGGGCUUGUUAGGGAUUUUUGCCCAAGUCCAAUUGAAAUCCAAUUAGUGCGUCUAUGAUCAUAUAAACUGACAUAUAAAGUAUUGUUUAGGCCUAGCAUUUCAUUUAGGCAGCUCCCUGACCCUUAAAGUUCAUUGAGAGCACAGCAGGCCUCCCUAAUUCUUUUCACCAGUUAGAACAAUGGCAGUUUCAUGAGGAUAACAAGUCAGAGGGAAAUCACGAUGCCUUACAAAAAACCAAGGCACGAUUAGUUUCUUAGCUAAUUCGUUCAGCCACGUAUUUGCUCAGGUGUGGCCUUUGGGAAUUCCUUUCAUAAAGAUUCACUUUCUCAGGGUUCGAUGCCCCAUAUUGGUGUGAUGAACGUGUGCUUGUAUAUUGCCUAUUGUUUUCCUAUAGAAGAAUAUGGUGCUGUGUUUUACAUACUGAGCUUUACAUGAAGCCCUAUAACCAUAAUGAUCGAGGCCUUCUGAGUUAUCCUCCUCUGGACUUAAGAGUGUCAGUGGCACUGCACAUGCUCCGUAUGCUUUGGGUUGCUGUUGAGAAGUUACGCUUAAGGUUUGGGGGAAAUCAUCAGAACAUUAGCGUAAAGGGAGCGUGUAUCUGUCAUAGAAGCUGAUGGUAGGGUCUGAUUAUCGAUGCUGAUACAGACUGCAAUGAUUUCUAUGCCGCCCUCAGUGUGAAUUAAUGAUUGAUCAGCCCUAUACUGUGAAUUUUAUACUGUUUAUAAAUAGUGUAUUGUGAGUCGUCCCCUAAGCUCAGGUAAUAACCCCAGAGAAGAUGGGGAGAUGUUUGGGGGGCUUGGAAGCUCAAAACAUAAGGUGUAGUAUUUUUAGCCUAAUAUUUAUUCUUUUACUUUUUCUCCCAACCAAUGACAAAAAAUGUUGAUGAGUGUUCUCCAUAAAGGGUAUCUUUCCUAUUACACUUUUGCUAUGGCCAUACCCCAGAUUCCAUCAGCAUUAUAUUCAAAAUAUAUAACAAUGAACAGGCACUACACUGAGAUUUUUUGGGGUGCCUGCUCAUAGUUACAUAUUUGGUUUAAUUUUCUCUCCUUAGCUGUAAGUUUGGGGCUGGGCACCCAAACCCAACAUUUCUACUAGCAGGUGUCUACUAUCCAACAUUCUUGGGGUUAUUUCUUAUCCUUAAUAGUGUUCUAUUGUGUAGGAUUCUCUGACUAACAUUAGAUUGAUAGGUGGGCCAGAGAACAAUGGAUUUCCGAUGCAAGGCAGAAUGUUCAAUGGAAACACUUGUACAGAAUGUUGUAUGCCUUUUAACAUUUGAUAUAGAGAAUAAUAACGGGGGAGGUAUUUGUACCUACAAAAGAAGGAGCAAAUUCUGGAAUGGGGCCCUUACAUAGUAAAGGUAUCUGUGCUGUUGCUUUAAGAGAAAAGACUGCUGUUACAGGUAAAGUAGCGCUGUUUACAUGGGAGGGCUGUUUUUAAUUACUGUCUUUAAUCCUUUCGUUAUUAACAAGCUGUUCCUUUACGGAUGAUUCCCAGCGAUUAGAGUUUAUAUAUUUAAUGAACUAUUAAUGAAUCAGUGAUACCGGGGGAAAGGGAACUAACAGAUAUCUUUAUAAGAUGGUGUACCUCUUUUCUUCUUGCGGUGCUGGCUCAGAAUCACAUGAAUUAGACAGGGACUGGACUUUUUUUUUUUUUUUUUAAUGCAAGUUUUGAAAUUGCUGUGGUUUGUCAGUGAAUUUGACUUUCUUGAGGUCCUCGAUGUACUGAGACUUGUUCUGACUCUAUGCAGUGAAUAAAAGAAAGACAAAUACCUUC